ACGAAUCGUUCGCUUGGCGUCACCGCCUUUGGGUUCAAGUAAAUCCAACGCGCUGAAGUCUGAACAUCGCCUUCUCACCAUUUAAAUACGAAGCCGCUGUCCCGGAAUUCGUUGGGGACAGACUGGAGGCAUGAGCGCGUCUCAGGGACCCCACUCUCUAGCCUUCAGAGUGAUGCGCCUCUGCAGGCCAUCCUUUAGGAUCGACCAUCCUUUGAGGCUUGAUGCGUUGGAUCACAUCCUCGGCGAGGACUUCUUCGAGGACAAUGCCUGCGACUUCCGGUCAGACCUUUGCUACUCGUUCUCUGGAGACGGGAAGAGGAAGCCGGCUAUGGAGGACGUGGGAUAUUGGAGGAGGUUCGAACUGGCCGACCUGUCAGAUCUCAUUGGUUUCCCCGGCGUCUUGGUUCUUCCUCAAGCCUUCGGAGCAAUUUACCUUGGAGAAACCUUUUGCAGUUACAUCAGUAUCAAUAACAGCUCCAAAUAUGAAAUUAGGGAUAUCAUAAUCAAGGCAGAAAUACAAACAGAAAGACAAAGAGUAUUGCUCCUAGACACGGCAAGAUCACCAGUAGAGUCUAUAAGGUCUGGUGGACGAUAUGAUUUCAUUGUGGAGCAUGAUGUGAAGGAAUUGGGGCCUCAUACGCUUGUGUGUACAGCACUGUAUAAUGAUGGUGAUGGAGAACGCAAAUAUCUUCCACAGUUUUUUAAAUUUGUUGUUGCAAAUCCACUUUCAGUGAGAACCAAGGUUCGAUCGGUCAAGGAAACUACAUAUUUGGAAGCCUGCAUUGAGAAUCACACAAAGUCAAGCCUAUACAUGGAUCAAGUUGAUUUUGAGCCUUCGGUUCAAUGGACUGCAACUACAGUAGGAUGUGACUAUGAUAAACCAAAUGCUGGACCGCUCUCGAGACAGAUAAUCAACCCUCCUGCUUUCGUUAGACCUGGGGGAACCAAUAACUAUCUUUAUCAGUUGAAGAUGUCCGUACAUGAGCCAGCACAAGUGAAGGAAGAGGUAAACAGUGUCCUUGGUAAGCUUCAAAUAACAUGGCGAACAAAUCUGGGUGAACCUGGGCGCCUACAGACACAGCAGAUUUUAGGCAAUCCCAUUACACAAAAGGAGGUUGAAUUACAAAUAUUGGAGCUUCCACUAGUAAUAGUUUCUGGAACACCCUUUCUGGUACACUUAUGUCUAAUGAACCAUACAGAUAGGAGGAUGGGACCGUUUGAGGUGUUCUUGUCUCAAGAAAAUUCUGCAGAAGAGAAAGUUAUCAUGGCUAAUGGUCUUUGGACUUUGGCAUUGUCGCAGUUGGAGGCAUUCGGUUCUACACAUUUCAGUCUGAAUCUUGUUGCAACUAAAGUAGGGGCACUGAAGAUGUCAGGGAUUGCAGUGGUCUGUUCUAGGGAGAAGAAAAUCUAUGACACGCUUGCAGCUAUAGAGAUAUUUGUUGGUUUCAAGUGAAACCAAUCGGGCGGCAACCUAUCAGGAGGAAUGUACUGAUGCUGUUGUAUUUAUUCCUUUCCCAGUUAUAUGACAUCUUUGGUAAAGAUAUUAUUCCAAUCACCUUCGUUUCAACUCCAAAUUCCUUUAUGUGAAACCAUUUGUGCGUAGUCAUUGUUCAUCAAACACAUCCUUGUAAAAGGUUUGACUUAACAGUUGUCAAGUGGAUUAAUUUCAGUCUUCAAUUGUCUAAAAUUUACUUGAGAAAA